AUGCCCCCCCAACUUCUGCAUGGUGCGUGGUGGCAUGUAGGAGAUGUGGAUUGCUUGUUGGGCUAUCCAGCUGUAACUGGGCUUCCUUCUUGGAUUUGGGCUCUUGCUCGGAUGAGUAGUGUUGGCUGCGCAAAUCUCACGGCCUGGUGCUCCAGGCCGAGGGGAUGUGCGUUAACACGUGACAUCCUUCUUUUGGAUGCGGUGCGGUUGUGCGCGGGCGUGCCAGCACAGUCUACCGCGCGUCGAAAUGGUGAUGGGGUUUUAGGCGGUGCUCCGACGCGUUGCUCAGAGAGCGACGGUCGUAUGAUAUAUGGGGUGAAUGAGAUGAUAACAACGAUGGUGCUUCGACGCCUUGAAAAUCAAAGGGGGAGUCCUGGAGGGACAAUCAAAGAUGAAAAUAUCUGUGUGGUGGAGCCUGAUCGGGGCAAGUGGGUAGUCAAAUGGGCAUUUAGGAUUGUGAAGCAUAGUGGUGUGACCCCCAUAAAUCCCGGUAAACCUCGGCCACCGCCCUGA